GCUGUGCACGAGAGUAUUAUGGGCUGUAUGGAAUUCUGAAGCUAGAGCAGGCGGGCCGGACUCGCGCACACGGCUAGCUACGCUGCAAGCUAACGGUAGACGAAGGUAAACAUGGAGCUGUCGGCUGUCGGAGAGAGGGUGUUCGCGGCCGAGUCGAUCAUCAAGAGACGAAUACGACGGGGUCGAAUGGAAUAUCUCGUGAAAUGGAAGGGCUGGUCACCAAAGUACAGUACUUGGGAACCCGAGGAAAAUAUCCUAGACUCCCGCCUAUUCGUUGCAUUUGAAGAGAGGGAGCGUGAGAGAGAGAUAUUUGGACCCAAGAAAAGAGGACCUAAGCUCAAGACUUUUCUUCUAAAGGCCCAAGCUAAAGAAAAGGAGAAGUCUUACGAAUUUAGGAAUGAGUCAUCCAGUGGCAUUGCAUAUCCCAGUCCAGAGCCUGUUAUAGCCCCUAGAGCGAGAGAAGGACUACGUGCUGUGGUUCCCACAAUUUUCCCUCCCAGCACAGUCAACAGAGGGGAGAGCAUAAGGAUUCCACCUCCAGAACCAAGGGAGCAUCGUUUUCCACACUCACCCAGACCCAGCACUGAUGCUUUUACCCUCUCCCCAAAAAAGAGAGGACGGAAACCCAAAUUACGCUUCACAGAUGGCUAUACAAGCUCCUUACAUCCAGAGCAUUCAAAAAGAGCAGCAGACGAAACCAUGGCAAGCAUUCCUUCCAAAAUGGCAAAGUUAGGUUUGGGAGAAGAGGAAGAGAGAUGCUCAGAAAUAAGUGGGAGAAUUAAGAUAUCUCACAAGCACAUGGAUGCUACCUUUUCACACAAACAAAACAGAGUUGCUCUGAGCAGAAGUACCCAGCACAUUUCUCCAGAGUGGAGUUUGCAUUCCAAUAGAGUUAGUGCAGACUUACAAGGCCACAGGACUAACCCACAGACACACCACUUUCACCAUAAACACCUGAAGCACCAUUCAAAACGAAGAAAAUUUGAACAUGGUGAUUCCACCAGCAAACAGCCUUCACUAAUUGCCAAAAUUCCAGUUUCACGCAUAUUUGGAGAGCCAGAGGAGGGAGAUGCUUGGAGACCCUCCUUCUGCAAUGUGGAGAAAGUUAUAGUUACUGAUGUGACAACAAACUUCCUGACUGUAACAAUCAAAGAGAGUAGCACAGAUAAAGGCUUCUUUAAAGACAAAAGAUGAUUAUUUACUACAGCCAGUAUGCUCCUUUCAUAUCUUUAGAAGUCCUUUAUUAUCGAAAAUGUUCUGUGUAUUGUAUACAAAAAAAAAUAUUACUUUCUUUUCUGUCACUGAAAUUUGUAUUUAUUGUGAAAUUGCUGCUUUAAGAAAUUUGCAUGCGUAUACUAGACACGAUAAACAAACCCAGAACUGCGUUCAAAUACAUAAACGAGUUCUCAGAUAAUUUGUUGUAAGUAUUAAUUACAAAUUGUUAACUUAUAAAUAUAUAAAAGUAUAAUUUUUCUCCCAGACGAAUAUUAAAACAUGUAUGUACAGACUUAAGAUUUUACAUUUUGCACACUAACCGGCAUAUUUUUACAUCAUUACCAAUUCAGUUAUUGUAAUUUACGUUGAUUUUAUUUUGUCAUUUAAUAUUGCCAGCUGUACAAUAUAGAAUACACAUUUUUCAAGGUACAGCGGCAUUAACAAUUUACACGUAAAAGUGCAAAAUUAAAAUCAAAUUUCAUCUCAAAAUCAAAAGUAAAAAAUAAUUAGCACGUUUCUUUUGUUUCUCUUCAGUUAAAAUUCGUGUUUAUAAAUAUGUAGCCUGAUGUUCAAUUGUAUAUACUUAAGACUUCUAAUUAUUUUGUUGGGUGAUUGUAAUUGUGAUUAUCGAUGAACUGUGCAAAUAAAAGUUAUUUAAUAUGACAUUAAAUAUAAAGCGCACAUCCAGUCCUACAAAAUAACAAUUUUACAAUAUAUGUAUAUUUGUGUGUGUAUUAGUCCUGUAAUAAAAAACACGUAAACCGUAA